UAUACAACAGUGUAUAGGUCGCUUUCGGUUUCUACCAACGCAAAGUAAAGCACCUAAGGUAUUUUUUAUCCUUUUUGUUGAAUAAUAGAAUAUUACGUUAUGAAAUGAAGUUCACAUCCUACUGUAGAUGUUUUAGACUCACUAGUGUUCUUAAAGCAUUGAAAUAAAGGAAUUACAAUGCUCUUGUGUGCGUACGACAUUUGCACGCGCCCGAGAACUUUCGUUUUAUAAAGUAUCGAGUAGUUUUAAAUAGCAUUGUAUAACCAGAAAUUAAUGACGUUGUGUAAAAACAUUCGCGCAAAUAUAGACAAUAAUUUAAUUAUUGUUCAAUGUUAAUAUACUUCCAUCACUAAAUGAUUAUAUAUCGUUUGAGGUUAGGGAAUGAUUAUAUAUCUACAAGUCGACUCGCAUUGUAACAUGUCUCGCACUAUUAGCUGUCUUAGCUCUGCUUUUAGGGGAUAUUAAGUAGGGGAUACGAGUAGGGGAUAUUAAUUAAACAAAUAACAAUCAUAAAGCUCAAAGCUGAAGUUAUCUCAAAGACACAAUACAAGAGCAAAACGUCUUAAACGAGCUCAUACGUUCUCGCUAUAUGCUUUCAAAGUAAACCGCGCAUUUUUUUACCUGUCUGCAGCGAUAGCAUUCCAAGACACAGUAUUGAAAUCAAGCGUAGUCAUUCAAACUAAACUAGUUUAUACAGGAAGGAAACCCGUCAACCCGGCAAAUUAAAAAUAUAAUUUGUGCGCAUUUCACGGUGUGGAAGUGUUGACACUGUGGAGAUCACAUGACGUAUGUUGUUGAAAGCAGAGCAAAGGCUGCAAACCUUUCCGUACGUUUAAUCUGGAAAGUAGCCUUAAUUAAAUUAAACGACGUCAUAGGCUGUGUCUUCCUGUUUUUAAAAACUACAAUUUCUUCCAGAAUCUUCGCCGUCUUAUCAGCUCUUCUGCCCGCCAAGACAAAACCACCGGGAUUUUGGCUUGUCAUGGCAUGAAUAGGUUUCUAGUAUGCGCUAGCUACCGGAAAUGGGGGAGUGGAAUGUCGGCAAUCUAAAAUGCGCAGAAGCAUACGACGGACCGUGUAUUACUAAAAAAAUCCUUGUGCACUUCUUCCGAAUCCCAAAAAGGUCUUCCAAAUAAGCCCGUAAUCCUGUCAAAAUUAAAUUUGUCGACAAAAUCACAUAAAAUCCCAAAGCGUGUGGGCUGUGAACGCACCAAUUAAUCAAAGGCUGCAUCAGUUUGACGGGAUAGGUCUAAAAUUCAAGUGGGAUUCGCAAUUUUAAGAGAAAUAUUGGUCGGGAAGCGGGAUUGAUAAAAAUGCCAUGGUGAGAUGCCGGAAAUUAACCCAUGAUUAGCGGGAUACGAAAUAAAUCAACAAGACUUACAGUCGUACGUAUUUUAGCUUAAUCUCUACCGGAUCUGUUGUCAUUUGUUAACGUGCUCGGAAAUUUACGGUUUGUAAGGAUGAUAUUGAAAAUAUUAAACCUAAAAACAGCAAGACCUGUGGGAGAAUGAAAAACAAGAGGGCAAAGUAGAAAGUCCUCGUUCUGCCCGAAAGAAUUGGAAUAUGCAUAUCAAAGUAUUAAACUGUUCAAUCAGCAUUCUAAAUAUGCGAAAGUUGCUCAAAGAAAAAAUAGCAGUUAGUUUCCGCACAGUUGACUCGCCUUAAAAUAGAAAAUAUAUUCUCUUGGGCAAAAUAUCCAGUACAAAAAUGAUCUAAUUUGCAAUUCUAUUGUGGCUAUACAGUUACUAUAAGUGAAACGCUAAUUAUGAUUGAACAGUUCAAUACUUUGACAUGCACAUACUUAAUGCUUCCAUUCUCAGCUAUGAUUCAAUUGCAAUUUAUAUCGACGCAAAACGCGUCAUUUGGAUGCGCGGUGGAAAAUCCGAAUUGGCUUAAGGUGGCUCCCUACAGUUUUAGGUCUGUGUCGCGGAAAUUUUGUCCACACGCGAAAUCAGUAGUGCUACACGCAACACGCGUGGUCGACGUUGCACGCGUGGCGGGUUUUUAAAAAUUGCGUCGCGAUAUACACGCGCGGGGCUUCGUGGAAUUGUCGGCUGGUCGCGCGAGGAAAUUAAAAUCCUGAUUUUUGUGACGUCACAUAGAUAAAAAUAAAUGUAUUUUUCUCGUGUUUCCUUCGGUAAAAUUUUUUAAAACUUCACAUACUUUCCUGUGAUCUUGAAGUGCGUAAAAUGUGCAAGUUUUAAGAAAAUCGUACGAGCCGAAUUUUUUUAUUCCAAAAACAGGGCUUUUCGAGGAUUAAAAAAAUUCUUGUACGAUUUUUUUAAUGCUAUCAUUUGAAGGAAUUAUAGAUAAGAUCAAAAUGUUUUACCGAAGAAACUUUCAAAAAAUUAUCAAAGAAUCUGCAAAUUAACCCUUUUUAAAAUCGCUUUGUUACCAUGGCAACGGGGAUUUUUAACGACAUUUUUUAUUUUUUGUAAUUCGCGAUAUUGUAGCAGUUAUGUGACCAAGUUUCGUGAUCAUACUUUGCAAGAUGAUAAAAUAAUGGUUUUUUGAAUAUAAUUGUGUGUUGUACAAUCAAAACUGUAGGGAGCCACCUUAAGCUACGUUUACACGCUGCGAUUAGUCGUGUACGAUUCGUUUUCGGGCGUAUGUCAUCGAGUAAACACACGAACGCAGGCUACAUUUGAAAUUUCUUUUUAACCAAACGGCAAUGAAUUAUGGCGCCAGCACUCAUUUUAACACGCCAGAAUACGAAGCGUACACGAUUAAUCGUAGCGUGUAAAUGUAGCUUUAUAGCUCCAGCCUCCAGUGCGUGCACGUAUCGACUACGACACACUGUAUUUCGUAGUACUGUAUAUAAAACGUUUAAAAUAGAUGACAUAAUGAUAUUCCAAGUCACAGAUAAAGAACAUUCACGAGUAACGGUAAAAAGUUCGCGGAUAGAAUUACAAUAACGUAAAGCCUAAAGGUGAAAGAUUUUCGCAAAAACACGCUUAAAUUUAAAUGGCUAUAUUUCGAAGCGUCUAAGCGUCUUGUUUUAGUCCAUGCUGCGUUUUCGAGAUAUUCACAUUCAUAUGUGUUAACACUUGAAGUUACUGUGGGUUUCUAAUCUUGGAAAAGCUCUAAAGCGAAAAUUAAUAAAGUUUACAUUAUUUCUACAGAUGCCGAAAGCUUUGUUCUCCAGCAUGAAAAAUAUGUCGACAACUCAACAAUUUCUUAAGUCAAUGAACAUGUUUCAACAAGAGAAGAAGAAAGGUGUUCUUCCAUCACAAAUGAAAGUUCCUCUGGCCAUGUUAAAGUCACGCAGUUCAGGUGGCGUGUCUCCUGCAG